AUGACUGCUAACUGUCACUCUGUUCUUAUUCAACUGGGUGAGGGUGAUGUCCCUACGCAGCUGGGUGAUUGUGAUGUCCCUAUGCAGUUUCAGUGGAUCAUUAGGACUUUGUGUGCCCUUGUGACUUUAGAUAUUUGUGUAUUGGCUCUGGAUGUGAAGGAUGAAGAUCAUCCGCAUUUACGCUUUAAUCCUCUUCGUGGUGAGUGGGUUUUGGUUUCAGCUCACCGCAUGAAACGCCCUUGGAAUGGGCAAGUAGAGAAGCCUCCGGAAGAGAACACUCCACGACAUAACACCUCAAACCCACUGUGUCCCGGAGCUGUAAGAGCCAGUGGCCAGGUGAACCCUGAUUAUAAGAGCACUUUUGUGUUUGAUAAUGACUUUCCUGCUCUACAGCCAGAUGCUCCUGAACCAGAUGAUGAAUCCCAUCCAUUGUUCCAAGUAAAAGGUGCCAGAGGAGUUUGUAAAGUGAUGUGUUUCCAUCCUUGGUCUGAUAUUACCCUUCCAUUGAUGUCAGUCAGUGAAAUUCGAUAUGUGAUUGACACGUGGGUGGAGAUUAUGGAAAAACUGGGGUCCACAUACCAUUGGGUGCAGAUUUUUGAAAACAAAGGUGAAAUGAUGGGCUGUUCCAAUCCUCACCCUCACUGCCAGGUUUGGGCUAGUAAUUUCCUUCCCAAUGAGCCUAGAAUAGCAGACAGCACCCAGAAAGAGUACUGGAAAAAGCAUGGCGUACCUAUGUUACUAGAAUAUGCUAAUAUGGAAUUACAGAAGAAGGAGCGAAUAGUUGUUGAAAAUGAUGAUUGGCUGGUUGUUGUUCCUUACUGGGCAGUAUGGCCAUUUCAGACACUGCUGCUUCCCCGAAGCCACAGACUGAGGUUACAAGACCUGUCAGAGAAGGAGAGAGACAAUUUGGCUUCUAUAACUAAAAGGCUAACUACAAAAUAUGACAACCUUUUUAAAAUUUCAUUUCCAUAUUCAAUGGGAUGGCAUGGUGCUCCUACAGGUCCCCAAUUGACAGAAGACUGCAGCCACUGGCAGCUCCAUGCUCAUUAUUACCCACCCCUGCUCCGUUCUGCCACAGUGCGUAAAUUCAUGGUGGGCUAUGAGAUGCUUGGUCAGGCCCAGAGGGACUUUACUCCAGAGCAGGCAGCAGAAAGAUUACGAAUUUUACCGGAAGAACAUUACAAGUUCCGUCAGAAGAAUGCAACUCAAGAAUUAUUCCUGGACAGUACAGCACAGAUACUACACGUAGUGGACUUUGUCAAUCCAUUCAUGAAAGUAAAGUAAACAGUUUUGUGAAGAUGGUGAAGCACCAAACAGUUACUUAAGUGAGACAAUCUUUGCAUAGCUGAUGUGGUGACAUUAAUUGAGUAAUCUUGGUAAUAGUUUGCAUUAUGAUUUCAGACACAAAUCUACAUAGAAUAAUACUAUUAGUACUGUUGUGAUCUAAGGUCACAGGUAAAUGACCUUGUGAGGAUUAUUGGGGUGAUGACACUGACAUUUUAAAUGUGGACAUGUACUACCACUGUUCAGACUCCUGAACUAACUGGAUCUCUGUUUUGCCCCUAGACCUUUCUGUCAGCUAGACGUCCAACUUUAAAUUAUAACCAAGUCGUUUGUUUCAAGUUCAAAUACAGCUUUGAUCUCAUAACAUCUGACAGAUUUUCAAGAAAUGUGACUGGUUACCCAUUAGAGUAUUUUUUUUUUUCAAUUUCUUGGUUUCAGAAUCAGCAGUAGCCAAGAUUCAGAAACUAACACAGUUGCCGGGAAAUUAGGUGGAGCUUUGCAACAGCAAACACUGACUGCUAUCCUAGCCUGAAGGAAUGUGUAUAAUAAAACAAAGUGCCUCACAACUUUUUGGGCAAGAUAACGUCUUCACUGUGUAUUAACUUAAAAGUUUAAAAAACAGGCUAUGACAUAAGGCUGUCAUUUCAUUUAACCAUUCAUCUUGAGUGAGUCUACAGAAUAUAAAGGGAAAAAUUCUUCAUUUGUACAUGAAGGACCUCAA